AUGUUGGCAUCUUACUUCCAAACUAUUCAGAAAAGGUGGAGAAACGGUCAGUGGAUUUCCACUAUGGAGCUUGCAGUGGUUUUAUCUUUGAUUGCACUUUCAAUGAAGUUUGUCUCAGCUUCAGAAUGGUGCUACCAGUCACAAUUUAGCUGCAACAACACCUGUACAGGUCCAAAUGUGUGGCAAGAGAUCUUUCAAAACUGCAACGGCAGAUCUCAGUCUCCAAUCAACAUUGUGACGAGGAAAGUGCACCGAGAUGAACGCCUUACUCCGUUUCAUUUUGAGGGUUACCAGGCCACAUUUCAUGGCCGCCUCAUAAACAACGGUCACACAGUUCAACUGGAAUUACCUUCUGGUAUUAGAAUCAGUGGAGGACACCUGACUGAAAAAUAUAAAGCCGUUCAAUUCCAUCUGCAUUGGGGCAAAGAGGGAAAACCCGGAUCAGAGCACUUGAUUGACGGGGAGCAGUUUCCCAUGGAGAUGCACAUUGUCCACAUCAAAGAAAAAUACGACUCUUUAUCCCAGGCUGCGAAAGACCGCACAGGAGUUGCUGUCCUUGGAUUUAUGUUUCAGGAGUCAGAGUCUAAUAAUGAGAAGUACUCUCCACUGGUUGAUGCUCUGAAACGGAUCACUGAACCCUCCAGCAACACCACGCUAACAGGCGUCUCCCUGGAAAUGUUCAUUCCGCCUCAGAAGAGCUUGACGAAAUACUUCCGAUACGACGGCUCUCUUACAACUCCUGACUGCGCUGAAGCUGUUGUCUGGACGCUGUUUGAAAGCACCAUUCCUAUGAGCAGGAAUCAGCUCUCUGCAUUCUAUCAGCUCCGGUUUCCUGAUGGCAAGCAUAUGGUUCAGAUCUACAGGCCAGUGCAACCUUUGAAUGGAAGGGUGGUGUAUUACUCCAACGGAUACAUCUCUGUGGCCAGUUGGGUGCUGCUGACCUCGUCAGUGCUGUUUUCCAGCGCUGUCCUCUAA